AUGCACGCGUCUGUCCCCCCACCGCUGAACAACAAUAGCAGCAGCAGUAGCUUCGCAUCCCAUGGACCGUUGCGGCCGCGUCGGGCCCCGCCGUCCGAACACCGGCCGUUCACGUGCCCCGUGCCGACCUCCGCACCAGUGCCCGUCGCGCACUGCCACAAGCGCUUCAGCACGUCGGGCAACUUGGCCCGCCACCGGAAGCUCCACGCCGUGCAGCGACUCGUUUGUCCCACGCCCGCGUGCUCGCGCGAGUUUCGCGACCGCGAAACGCUCACGCGGCACCUCGGGGUCCACCUCUCGGGCACCGCGUACACGUGUGGACUCGCGGGCUGCCACAAGACGUUCAGCACGUCGGGCAACUUGACGCGACACUGUCGCACGCGCCAUCAAAAGGGCCCGAGCGGUCCGGACGACAGCGGUCGCCGUCAGCCUUUGCGAAAGAACGUCACGCCGGCCGAGAACUUGCGACCGGAGCGUCUGCUCCCGCUGAACGGACCUCCGAGUUGGAUCGCGCGCGGACCGGUCGUGCCCGGCGCGCUGCUCGUCACAGCGCCCGUGGCGGUCGGCCACCAGUGCAGUCGGUUUUCCGACCAAGACGUGCGCGACCUGCUCGACUGUUUGUUUGUCACGAACGUCGACGCUGCCGUCACGACGGCGCCGGUCGCGAGCAUACACGGCAUCAUCCGCAGCGAACCGCUUCUCCGUAGCGCGUACCACCAGCCGUAG